GUCGCGCUGCAGCCAACAAGAAUGCRUUGCUGCAGCCGGACGGGUUGAGUUCAUGUCGAGCAAGUUCAGGUCGAAGACGGUGGCUACAGGCGAGUACUCACAGUCCAGGGAGUCGGUGAGGUGUUGGGGGUCUGUAGGGGGGGUCAGUCUGUUCGGACACUGCAGCCGGAGAGCAGUGGAGACGGGCGGCGGGGGGGAGGACACUGACCAUGACGAGCCUCGGAGCAACAGGUAGAGCUGGAGCCCAGGAGCAGCAGAGAGCCCCCUCCUCCUCCUCCCCGCAGCUCCCUGCAGAUCAUGUGCUCAACUCUGGAGCUGUGCUGUUUCCUGGUGUGUUUGACCAGUACGGGUGUCCUCUGGUCGUGUUCCCAGUGGAGUCUCAAAUCAAGCUCUCAGAUCUCAGCCCAGCAGAAGUUGUGGACUUCAUAACCUACUUUAAAUGUCUGCACAGUAAGAAGCAGGAAAAACAGAGUCUGGUGUCGGUGGUGACCGACCUGAGAGAUUCAUCGCUCCCUACCACCAAGUUCAUCGCUGAGACUCUGCUGCUGCUGGAGCAGCACAUGCGAACUGUCCACASUGCAUACGUAAUUUGGCCUAAGAAGAAACCUGUGAAGUCGUUUCUGAAACUUCUGAGUCCAUCCAAGUCCUACACAAUCCCUUUCAGAAUGAUCAUGGUUAAAGAGGUCCCAGAGCUUUACAACUACAUUGAUCGAAGCCAACUCCCAGCAUCCCUCGGAGGAUACUUCAUGUACUGUCACGAGAACUGGGUCAGCUUCAUUAAGGAGAUGCACACGUUCCUUCAGGAGUUCCUAUCUGUGCUGCAGCGGCUGCCCUCCUUCAUCUCCAAGCUGCAGGCUUUGUCCAGGUUGCCACUGCCCACAACGCUCAAAGAGCUCCAACACUUCUGCAGCACAAACAAGACAGAGUACCUGCAGCUCAGGAGGUUGCUGAGGACAUUGCAACUCAUCGAGAGAAGCUGCAGCUCUUCACAGCUGAGACUCUCCAGGAUUCUGCAAAGGCAGCAGCGGUCCUGUCUGAGUUUGAGACCAACAUUUACAGUCCUGCUAUGAUUCUGAUUCAACGUGCUGAACAUGUGAUUCACAUCCUGGAGGAGAUCUUUCCUUUGGAAGUUCAGACCAAAGAGUACUGGGUUCUGGAUCUGAACACUCUGAAGGAGAAUCUUUGUUCUGAAGUGCGUUUUAUUCUCCAAACCCUCAGAGCAGUUUCCAGCUAUCAUCACUGUUACAGCAAGGUCAGCAGCUGGUACCAUCUGGUUCUCUGUGAGAACUUUCUUCAAGAGCUGCUUUCAGGGCUUCACAGAAAGCCUCCGUCGACCGUCCCUGCGUGGAGACGGAGGCUGUCCUCGUUCCUGAAGAAGAAUCCGUCUCCAGACGUCGAGGAGCUGCUUCAUCUGGCUCAGCUGUCUGAUGUCGUCCCAGAUGAUGAGCUGCAGCAGGCCGGCAGACAGGUUUCUCAAAGAUGCCUGAUGUUGAGAGAGCUCCUGAUUUCAUCUGGACCUGUGUCGGAGGAAAAGCUUCAGCUUGCCUUGCAGUGGCAGUAUGAGUUUUUGCACAGCGGCAAUGAGAGUCAUUUCUCUGAUUCCUCAAACAGCAUGCCUGGUGAUGGUGAGCCCAGUUCCUCUGAGCCUGGAUGCACUCUGUGCGAUGAUACAAAAAAAGAACUGGGUCUUCCUUCAACAUCACCUGCUGUUUCUGAGAUGGGCUCAGCUGACGGGAAAGCCCCUUCACUCCUCAGUUCACACUCUGGUUCUGAUAGAACCAGGAGCCUGGUGGAGAUUAUAGAUGGUCAGCAUCACAGGGAGGAGUUGGAUCAACAGCCUGUGGGAAACUCAAGCAUUCAGACCAGCUCUACAGUACAAGUAGAGUCCUUCAAGGUGAAACGAUCUGCUGCAGCACCUGAUAAUCCUUGGCUAAGCUUGCCAGUAGAUGACUUGGAGAAUUCAUAUACUGUCAUCGUUACCUCAAAGCCAGGACCACAACAGACAGACCUACAAGUCCAUGAGGCUUCUGGACGUCAUGUUGCUGUCGAUCCAACGAACAGGUCUAGAGACCAGCACCUGCACACAGAGUCCACAGACACCCAGACUAAAGACUGGAAUUUACACCCUCAAGCAGAUGUUUGUGAUCCUGAACUCAGCCUCAUUAACAACAUUCUGACCAGCGUGAAUAUGGAUGUCAGAGAUGAGUCCGUCUGCAGCACCAAUCCCUGGGAUUUCACUUACCACCAGUCCAAUGCUGUUGACAGUGUGCUGGAUGUCUCUCUAAAGGACUGGGAGGUGAAGGAGCAGGAGAGUCUCAGAGAGGUGGAGAUGAUCCUUCAUAGGACUGAUGUUAUCCUAAAGGAGGAGGAAAAUGUUUUGACUCAAGAAGCUGAGCUGGAUGCCUUGUUGAAGGUACAGGAUGGGAAGGAUGUCUGGCGGCUCAGGGACAUUGAGGACAAGCUUGACAGUUCAUCCAGUGAGAUGGCUGAAGCUAGUGUUGCUGGCCUGGAUGACCACCUGCACCCAGCAGAACCUGAUGACCUCUGUGAAUCCAGAUCAGAUGCAGGAAAAAGUGAUGAGUGUCCAGAUGAGCUCUACAGCGAUGCUGAACAACACACGUACCACACUGAGCACUUUAAGUCCAAAUCAGGUUUUCAGUUUUUUGACGAACUUUCCUCGGGUCAAAGUUCUGAUGACUCUGAGGUUGACCUCACAGAACCAGAAGCUUUACAAUCUGAUGGUGUAUAUGGUCUGGCUCCAUCCCUCAAUGCUCCUGCAGGGAAUACAACUUCAGACCUCAGUACCAGCUUUGUUCUCAAUCCAAAUGUAAAAGAGCACCAUAAUAACAAUAACAACGUCUUACUGUCAGACAGCGAUGGAUCACCAAAGAACUGGUUUGAAAUGGCUGAAGAUAAAUCAGAUCAUUUAGAAGAAACGGCCCGUGUGCAGCUGACAGAGGACAGCGUCCYGUCCAGUCCUCAGAAAACUCCUAAUCGACUGCUGGAGUUUUACCCAGGUGGAGAAAAUGAGGUUGAUGAAAACGGUCCUUUAGCUUUCUGGUUUCAGAACACUAAAUCUACGAGGACAUCCGGCUGUGGGUCAGAAGGGAUGCAGACACAACUGUGUGCAAUCAUCAGAGAGAUUAUGKAUUUCAACACUCCAAUAGUUUUAGAUACGGGAUCUGGUUUAAUGAAAGCAGGAUUUGCAGAUCAGAAACGGCCAAAUGUCGUAUUCCCAAAUAUAGUUGGAGUUCCAAAAUAUGAAGAAAUAAUGAAUGGUAACCUGGAGAGGGACAUGUACAUCGGCCACGAUGCUCAACAAAUGAGAGGAGUUCUGGCUCUGAGGCACCCUGUAAGGAAUGGGAUCAUUACCAAUUGGGAUGACAUGGAAAAGAUCUGGCACCACACGUUCCAGCACCUCACAGUGGACCCUGAAGAGCAUCCUGUUUUACUGACCGAGGCAGCCAUGAACCCCCUAGAGAACCGGCAGCGCGCGGUGCAGAUCAUGUUUGAGAGUUUUAAUGUUCCGUUCACCUAUGUGGCCAUUCAGGCAGUGCUGGCACUCUACGCAGCAGGAAGGACCACAGGUGUGGUUUGUGACUCUGGAGAUGGGGUGACCCACAGUGUUCCUGUUUUCGAGGGUUACUGCCUACCUCAUGCAGUGCAGAGAUUUCCACUGGCUGGGGCUGAUGUUACCAUGCACCUCAAAAAACUUCUGCAGGAACAGGGGGUGUGCAUGAGGACCACAGCAGAGAAUGAGAUUGUGAGGGAGAUGAAGGAGAAGUGCUGCUGUGUYGCUCUCAACUACGAGGCUGAGCUGAGUCGAGGGGUGUUGUCCCGUAAAGAGAUGCAGUACACCAUGCCAGAUGGACAGAUCGUUACUCUGGACACUGAGCGCUUCAGGGCUCCAGAGAUUUUGUUUAAACCCGAGCUGAUUGGACGGGACCAAUAUGGGAUGCAUGAGAGUGUCUAUAAGUCGAUUGCGUGUUCAGACCUGGACUUGCGGCGCAGUCUCCUGGGAAACAUUGUCCUGUCAGGUGGGAACACCCUGCUGCCAGGCUUUCCCCAGAGGCUCCAAGCUGAAAUUAAAGGCCUGGUUCCUGCAGACGUGGGAUCAUCGGUUACUGUGACRAGCCCCAAAGACAGAGACUUCUUGGUGUGGAGUGGAGGCGCAGUUCUGGCCAGCAUGCCCACCUUCAGCUCGGCAUGGAUCAGUCAGGAGGAAUACGAGGAGCAUGGACCACAGAUUGUUUUCAGGAAGUGUUUUUAGUUGGACUGUUGCAGGUCCUUUCACCAAGUCCUGAUGUUUCAUCGCCGUCCUGAUGUCAGCUGUUAGUUUAACUCUGAUCAUCAGACGUAAUUCUUUCUGUGAAGAUAAAUUAGUCUCAAACGUACUCACAAACGAGCACAAGAAGAUUCACAAAUGCAGUAACACUAAGUGUACACAUACCAAAUUGCACAAGUAGAAAUCAUGUUCCAGAUUUACAAACGUAAAGCUGAAUUCAAGGCUGUUAAAGCUGGGGCAUCUUGGCCUUACUAGAUUUACUGUUAUUAGAAACAACAUACAGUAUUUCAGCUUUGGUAAAUUGGYUCAUAACCCUACAAUAAAAUACAUAUGCUUACAUUGAUAUCACUGGAUAUUAAAAAUAUUACCUCUGUGGGCUGUAUGAAUGAAAUAAACUACCCAUACUUACAUACUACCCAAAACAACCAGAAGAAUGUGGAGAUAAAUUAUAUAUACUGUGUAUGUGUGU